GGGAUGGCCAGCUGCCCUGAGUCUGAGCCUGGACCAGCUCCUGCUGGGUCAGACUACAAAGAGGGGACCAUUAAAAAUGUUUUCGAGUUUUUGACAAAUCAUUACGCUCCGGCGUUCCUAAGAUCGGGCUCGUUCACCCAGGGUCAGAACGUCACUAAACACACCUCUGAAAAUGGACUCAGGAAAAGAUAAGGCCUGAGAGCAAAAAGGACUAAGUGUUUGAGAUAUGAGAGAGUAGACGGAAACAGAAACAGGGCUGUCAGAGGAGGGAGGACUUUGUGUUUGUGUGGCCCACAGUGUUACUGCCAUGGUCACAUCAAAGACGCACAUACAUGGUCCCACAGAGACACAUGCAGCCAGGCCAGCUACGGAGGUAGUGCAAACACACACAGAGACACACAGAUCAACACACAGAGACACCCAGUGGGGUUCAGUCGAGCCUGGGAAAAAUGAGUCCACUACCAAAUAAGUAACGGCGGCGGGAAAGUGUGUGAUGGAGCCAGAGCCACUUAGUGCUCACUGGGGAUGAGACAAAGUUUGACAGAGACUGAGAGAAACACAGUUAAAGACAGAGAGCUGGAAACUCAAGACAGAUAAACAAGGGUGAGAAGAAACCAUUGAUAAAGGUUUGUUAAUGAAGCAGGACGGGUUUAAGUCACCAAUGGUGAUAUUAGCAUUGAUGGUAGUAGGAAUGUGUAUUUUCGUAUUUUUAAUGGUCCACUAGCAUAAUCCAAUUUUUUUUUCAUAGUAUUCUUAUAUUUCAUCCAAUGAAAAUUGAUGCAAAUCCUCCAGUUCUUUUGCCCAUGUGUGUUCAAAAAGGUCAUGAGAAAUGACGUACUUGACAGCAGGGAUUUGGACAAAGAUCUCAACAACAUCCUGAGUACGACAGAAAACCAGAAUGAGGAGGGAGUGACAGAUGAACGUUGGGUUGUGGAGGAGGAUAAGGAUAGAAGGAGAAAUAAAUACUGUCUCGGUGAAUGUAGGAAGAGCAGGAAAAGAGAAGGAGGAGCUGUGGUCACCCAAAACUGGACACUGAGAAUGAGAGGAAGUAAAGUGAAGACAGAGGGGACAACUUUGAUCGCAUGGAGGAAGUUGAGAUCUUAACUUCACGGACCCGACUGGGAACUAUUCUCACUGCAACAUCAAAGGGUCAAAAAUAAUCAUUUCAGUGGAACAGCUGAAAAGCCUGAGAAAGGCUGGCAGUCUGAGAAAUGUCAAUUCAGAAAAUGAUGUUAUCGCUGCGCAGCACGAGAGAGGAGGGGCUUUGAUCACGCAACUGGAGCCUGUAAGGGGUCCAGGACUUUGUCAUCAUCUCAGGCACGCUGUUACUUUGACAAAGCAGGCACACUGUGGACUCUGGUGCACAUGUGCUGUCUGCUGCAGAUCCACAGUAACUUUCUAAUGGGACAGCAGAGGAACAUCUUUCACUUUUACACACCAUUUUGAGAUUUUCUCCGAGUCUUGGAGGAAGUGUUUCAAACAGCUACAGAUUUCUUUUACUGCUCUAUUAGGACUCUGCUCUAAAGAAAUUACAUUUUUGUUUUUGGACCAACUUGCACGGGAACUCAAUGUGCUCUGAUACUACAUUAUUCCCAGGAUAUUAGUAGACUUUACUACAGUAUUAAGGACUACAAAAACUGUAUAUUGUUUUCUUUGGACGUUCGGAUACUUAACAGUCCAUUGACUUUUGUGAGCUGCACCAUAGUCCUGCAUGGAUAUGGUUUGCUUCUGCUGAGAGUGUGUGAUCAUGUUGGAGAGAACUCACCGCCAUUACUCAUAAUGUUCAGAGCAGUUUGUAUUUUGUUCUCUGACCAGAGUACGUGCCACUAAAGUUAAGCAUGUUUGGCAUAAUUGUCAUCUGAGACCAAGCAUCACUUCAUUCACUUCUACUAUUGGAAUUUCUCACUAUAAACACUGAGAUUUACUGCUACUGAAACACCAGUCUGGGAGGAUGCCAUCAUAUUAGCUGCACUCUGUUCCUUACUGUUGGUCAGAUCUUUUCUAUUUAAUUCUUCAGAGUCACUGCCGUACCUGCAGUAGGACAGUGAACUACAUCUACUAAAUCAAGAUCCUUUUACGUGCCGUUACCCUUCUUUACCCAUGAGGAAAAACCGAAUUAAGUUUCACCUAAUUAAGUUACAACUUUAUUGGAUGUUUUGCCUGAUAACAACAACAAGAGCUGCAAUUAAAGGAAUAAUCAAGGCACAAAUUAACGAAAGAAAAGCUUCUGGACUGCAGAACUACUGAGUGAGGACCAGCACCAUGUUGAGACGCCUGUUUCAGAGAAAACCUAAACAUGAGAGGCUGCAGGAGGAACCUGAGGUCAGAUAUAAAGGCUUGCUGGUGUCAGAGAAGGACCUGGGAUACACCUUUGUCCGGCCUGGAGGCUCUGACUACUCUCUGCCUCCCCACCUGCCUCAGCCUCCCCCCCCUGACCUGACAAUAGAGCACGUUGGAGGCAGCAGCCGUGGCAACCAUGGUGUCGGCGUGGUGGGCCUGGCUCCGGAGCACAUCCCCACACCGGGGGCAGCCCUGAGCUGGCAGGCAGCCAUCGAUGCUGCGCGGCAGGCAAAGAUGAUGGGGAACGCGGCUUCAGGUGGAGGGGCGGGGCUUGGAUCGGGAGGCGGCGGGCCCAUCUCCACGGCCAGCUCGACGCAGAGGAAGCGACAGCACUAUAGCUCCAAGCCCAAAAAACAGAACACAACGACGGCCACCAGGCCGCCUCGAGCGUUGCUCUGUCUCACGCUCAAGAACCCCAUCCGCAGGGCGUGCAUCAGCAUCGUGGAGUGGAAACCAUUUGAGAUCAUCAUCCUGAUGACCAUUUUCGCCAACUGUGUGGCCUUAGCCGUCUACAUCCCUUUCCCCGAGGAUGACUCCAAUGCUACCAACUCCAACCUGGAGCGUGUGGAGUACCUGUUCCUCAUCAUUUUCACAGUGGAGGCGUUCCUGAAGGUAAUAGCCUACGGCCUGCUCUUCCACCCAAACGCCUACCUGAGGAACGGCUGGAAUCUGCUGGACUUCAUCAUCGUGGUCGUGGGGUUAUUCAGCGCAAUCUUGGAGCAGGCCACGAAAGGGGACGGCGCCACUCCUAUUGGAGGGAAGGCAGCAGGCUUCGAUGUCAAGGCUCUGAGGGCCUUCAGAGUACUCCGACCCCUCAGGCUGGUGUCAGGAGUACCAAGUUUACAGGUUGUGUUAAACUCCAUAAUUAAAGCCAUGGUUCCCUUGCUCCACAUCGCCCUCCUGGUCCUUUUUGUCAUCAUCAUCUAUGCCAUCAUCGGCCUGGAGCUAUUUAUGGGCAAGAUGCACAAGACCUGCAUCCAUCAGCAUUCAGGAACGCCUGCAGAAGAAAAGCCGGCACCGUGUGCACCUGACAGCUCGUAUGGCCGCCACUGUACGCAGAAUGGAACACAGUGCAAGAUGGGAUGGGAGGGUCCGAACGAGGGCAUCACCAACUUUGACAACUUUGCAUUCGCCAUGUUGACAGUAUUCCAGUGUAUAACCAUGGAGGGCUGGACGGACGUGCUGUACUGGGUGAACGAUGCAGUAGAUUACAGGUGGCCCUGGAUCUAUUUUGUCACCUUAAUCAUCAUCGGAUCCUUCUUUGUGCUUAACUUGGUUCUGGGGGUCUUAAGCGGAGAGUUUUCCAAGGAAAGAGAGAAAGCCAAGGCACGCGGUGACUUCCAAAAACUCAGAGAAAAACAGCAGCUGGAGGAGGACCUUAAGGGCUAUUUAGACUGGAUCACUCAGGCUGAGGACAUUGACCCAGAGAAUGAAGAGGAAGGCCUGGAUGAUGACAAACCCAGAAACUUGAGCAUGCCAGCCAGUGAGAAUGAAUCAGUCAACACAGACAACGCCCCAGGGGCUGAUGUGGAGGGUGAGACCUGCUGCACCCGGCUGGCAAAUAGGAUCUCCAAAUCCAAGUUCAGCCGCUACUCUCGGAGGUGGAACAGGCUGUGCAGAAGAAAGUGCCGAGCAGCCGUCAAAUCUCAAGUUUUCUAUUGGCUGGUUAUCUUCCUAGUUUUCCUCAACACCCUCACCAUCGCCUCUGAACACCACAUGCAGGCUCAGUGGUUAACUGAUGUGCAAGACAUAGCUAACAAGGUGUUGCUUGCACUCUUCACCGGCGAGAUGCUGCUAAAGAUGUACAGUCUGGGCCUGCAGGCGUACUUUGUUUCGCUCUUUAACAGAUUUGACAGCUUCGUAGUGUGUGGAGGAAUCCUGGAGACCAUUCUGGUGGAAACCAAGAUCAUGUCUCCUCUGGGCAUCUCUGUGUUACGUUGCGUGCGCCUGCUGCGGAUAUUCAAAAUAACCAGAUACUGGAACUCUCUGUCCAACCUGGUGGCUUCUCUGCUCAACUCCGUCCGCUCCAUCGCUUCCCUGUUGCUCCUGCUCUUCCUCUUCAUCAUCAUCUUCUCCCUCCUUGGCAUGCAGCUCUUUGGAGGGAAAUUUAACUUUGACGAGACCAGACGCAGCACGUUCGACAACUUCCCUCAGUCUCUGCUCACCGUGUUUCAGAUCCUAACAGGAGAGGAUUGGAACUCCGUGAUGUACGAUGGCAUCAUGGCGUACGGCGGUCCGUCUUUUCCUGGCAUGUUGGUGUGCAUCUACUUCAUCAUCCUCUUCAUCUGCGGAAACUAUAUCCUACUAAACGUCUUCUUGGCCAUCGCUGUGGACAAUCUGGCAGAUGCUGAGAGUUUGACGUAAGAAAGAAAGAAAGUGAAUGAGAAACUGAUGGGAGAAGAGUUCUGCAGGCUCGCCAGUCCAGACAAGCGUCAACAAAACGAGAAGCCUCCUCUGGAGGAGGAGAAGAAGGAGAAAAUCGAGCUGAAGUCCAUCACCUCAGACGGAGAGACCAACACCAACACCAAGAUCAACAUGGAUGACUACUGUGCAGAUGAGAGCGAGGAAAAGAAUCCGUAUCCUGCCAACGAUUACAUAAGAGACGAUGACGAUGAUGGGCCAAAGAUGCCCGUGGGCCCGAGGCCACGGCCGCUCUCGGACAUUCACCUUAAAGAAAAAGCUAUUCCAAUGCCCGAGGCCCGAGCGUUCUUCGUCUUCAGCCACACCAACAAAUUCAGGGUUUUGUGCCAUAAGAUCGUCAACCACAACAUCUUCACCAACCUCAUCCUCUUCUUCAUCCUGCUCAGCAGCAUCAGUCUGGCAGCGGAGGACCCGGUCAAGUACGACUCCUCCAGGAACCAGAUCUUGGGCUAUGCAGACCACGUCUUCACUGGACUCUUCACCAUCGAGAUCAUUCUCAAGAUGACAGCCUAUGGAGCCUUCCUGCACAAAGGUUCAUUCUGUAGAAACUAUUUCAACAUUCUGGACCUGGUGGUGGUCAGUGUGUCCCUCAUCUCCUCUGGAAUACAGUCCAGUGCCAUUAACGUGGUGAAAAUCCUGCGAGUCCUGCGAGUGCUCAGACCACUGAGGGCUAUCAACAGAGCCAAAGGGCUAAAGCACGUGGUGCAGUGCGUCUUUGUGGCCAUCAGAACCAUCGGCAACAUCGUAGUCGUCACCACGUUGCUCCAGUUCAUGUUUGCAUGCAUCGGCGUGCAACUAUUUAAGGGCAAAUUCUUCAUCUGCACUGACAGCUCUAAACAGACUGAAGUUGAGUGCAGGGGUUCCUACAUCAUGUAUAAGGACGGAGACGUGGGGAAGCCUGCGAGAGCUCAAAGACACUGGGAGAACAGUGAAUUCAACUUUGACAACGUGCUGCAGGGCAUGAUGGCUCUGUUUGCUGUGUCGACGUUUGAGGGCUGGCCAGGGUUAUUGUACAGAGCCAUAGACUCCCACGCUGAGGACGUGGGUCCCAUUUACAACUACCGCGUGGUCAUCUCCAUCUUCUUCAUCAUCUACAUCAUCAUCAUCGCCUUCUUCAUGAUGAACAUCUUCGUUGGUUUCGUCAUCGUCACGUUCCAGGAGCAAGGAGAGCAAGAGUAUAAGAACUGUGAGCUGGACAAGAACCAGCGUCAGUGUGUGGAAUACGCUCUAAAGGCUCGUCCAUUGCGUCGCUACAUCCCCAAAAACCCAUACCAGUACAAGGUGUGGUACGUGGUCAACUCCACCUACUUUGAGUAUCUGAUGUUCACGCUCAUCCUCCUCAACACCAUCUGUCUGGCCAUGCAGCAUCAUGGACAGACAAAAAAUUUCAACGACGCCAUGAACAUCCUCAACAUGCUCUUCACUGGACUCUUCACUGUGGAGAUGAUCCUCAAACUGAUUGCCUUCAAACCAAGGGGUUACUUUAGUGAUCCCUGGAAUGUGUUUGAUUUCCUCAUCGUAAUUGGCAGCAUAAUAGACGUCAUUCUCAGUGAGAUCAACCAUUAUUUUGUUGAUGCAUGGAACACAUUUGAUGCCUUGAUAGUUGUGGGUAGCAUUGUUGACAUAGCAAUCACUGAGGUUAACAACUCUGAAGAGAACGCCAGGAUCUCCAUCACCUUCUUCCGGCUGUUCCGCGUGAUGAGGCUGGUGAAGCUGCUGUCUCGCGGGGAAGGGAUUCGGACCCUGCUGUGGACCUUCAUCAAAUCCUUCCAAGCUCUACCAUAUGUAGCUCUACUUAUAGUGAUGCUAUUCUUCAUAUACGCUGUCAUCGGCAUGCAGAUGUUUGGUAAGAUAGCGCUGCAGGACCACACGCAGAUCAACAGGAACAACAAUUUCCAGACCUUCCCUCAGGCGGUGCUGCUGCUCUUCAGAUGUGCAACAGGUGAAGCAUGGCAGGAGAUCAUGCUGGCGUGCUCGAACAAUCGACCGUGUGAGAAGGGCGCGACCAGUGAGAACAGCGCAUCCACGGAGGACUGCGGCAGCCAGUUUGCCAUCAUUUACUUUGUCAGCUUCUACAUGCUCUGUGCCUUUCUGAUCAUCAACCUGUUUGUGGCUGUCAUCAUGGACAACUUUGAUUACCUGACGCGUGACUGGUCGAUCCUGGGACCGCAUCAUCUGGAUGAGUUCAAGAGGAUCUGGGCCGAGUACGACCCAGAAGCUAAGGGGAGGAUAAAGCAUCUGGAUGUGGUGACUCUGCUGCGGAGAAUCCAGCCUCCCCUGGGUUUUGGAAAGCUUUGCCCCCACAGGGUGGCAUGCAAGCGGCUCGUGUCAAUGAACAUGCCUCUGAACAGUGAUGGAACAGUGAUGUUCAAUGCCACACUGUUUGCCCUGGUCAGAACUGCACUCAGGAUUAAGACAGAAGGUAACCUGGAGCAGGCCAAUGAGGAACUAAGGUCCAUAGUGAAGAAGAUAUGGAAGAGAACCAGCAUGAAACUCUUAGAUCAAGUAGUGCCCCCUGCUGGCGAUGAUGAAGUCACAGUUGGGAAGUUCUACGCCACCUUCCUCAUCCAGGAAUAUUUCCGCAAGUUUAAGAAAAGGAAAGAACAAGGUCUAGUGGCCAAGGUGCCUCCAAAAACUGCCCUCUCUCUGCAGGCGGGCCUGCGGACGUUGCAUGAUAUUGGUCCAGAGAUUCGGAGGGCCAUCUCUGGAGAUCUGAAUGUGGAGGAGGAGAUGGACAAAGGCCUGAAGGAGCCGAUGUCGGCUGCGUCUGAGGAUGAUAUCUUCAGGCGUUCUGGCGGGUUGUUCGGCAACCAUGUCAACUACUACAACCAGACUGAUGGCCGCGGGUCCUUCCCACAAUCUUUCACUACCCAGCGUCCCUUGCACAUCAGUCAAAAGGGCUCACCCUGUGAAGGUGAAAGCCCGUCCCAUGAGAAGCUCAUGGACUCCACCACCUUCACCCCUUCCUCUUAUUCCUCAUCGGGCUCCAAUGCCAACAUUAACAAUGCCAACAACACGGGCAUGGUCGGGGUCACGACCCAGGGCGUCAGUAGUCAAUUCCCGAGUCCUUCAAUCAGCACUGUUGACGGACACACGGGGCAACCGCUCACCCCCAUCCUGCUGCCAAGAUCUGCAUGGUGCUUUCCUCCAAAGAGCUCGGACUCAAGCGACAGUCGCCUGCCAAUCAUAAGACGAGGCGAGGAGUCGAUGGAGGAGACGUAUGAUGAGAGCUAUUUCGAUGACAGGGAGUACCACGAAGACGACCAUUCGCUGUCUUCUGACAUGCUGGUGUAUCAGGAUGAAACAUGUAAGCAGUUGACUCCCAUGGAGGACGCAGGAGAUGUAGAGGACAGAAGAGGAGGAGGAAGUUGGCAGUCUCCCAGGAGAGUCUUCUUCUGUCCUACUUCUCUGGGGAGAAGGUCAUCCUUCCACCUGGAGUGUCUCAGGAGACAGUCCAGGCCAGACGUCUCCCAGAAGACAGCUGUGCCCUUACACCUUGUACAUCAUCAGGCUCUGGCAGUGGCUGGUUUGAGCCCUCUAUUAAGGAGGAGUCACUCACCAACGCUCUUCAGCCGGCUGUGCUCUACGCCUCCAGCCAGUCCCACAGCCCAUAGCAGUGAUGCCUCCUACCAGCGAGUGCCCUCUUUGAGGCUAGAGGGCACAAACUCCCAUGAAAAGCUCAAUACCAGCCUGCCCUCUGUCAACUGUGGGCCCUGGUACAGUGACAAUAAUGGGAGCAGUCGAGGGCAUAGUCCCAUCCCCAGUGGCUCAGCGUCCAAUCAGAGACCACGGCCGGUGUCGCUAACGGUGCCCUCGCUACUGGGGAAAGACUCCAGCUCGCUGUCGCAUGGCAGUGCGGGAAGUCUAGUGGAGGCGGUGCUAAUAUCAGAGGGUUUGGGUCAGUUUGCUCAGGACCCGUCAUUCAUCGAGGCAACCAAGGCAGAGCUAGCCGAUGCCUGUGACAUGACCAUCGAGGAGAUGGAGCAAGCUGCCAACAACAUUCUCAACGGCAACGGCACCACCAAGAACUCCGUGUCUAGCACCUCCUCAAACUCACAGAACAGCCCAAAUGGCAACCCCACCUUCCACACAGCAGCAGCAGCAGCAUCAAUGCACAGGGACCGUGUCCUCAGCUCUAAUCCCAGCGAGGACAUGGGAGAGGCGGGAGGAAGCAGAAGCUCCAUCCAUGGACCGUCCUCUGUGGAGGAACGGCAAGAGCUGCUAGCCGAGGAGAAAGUACAAGAUGAGGAGGAAGAGGAGGAUGAGGAAGAUAAUGAGGAGCAGGAGGAGGUAGUGGUUAUAGGGAGGGAGGAGGCACUACACAGAAGCUCAGCUUUAAUGGGAGGUGCACGGCAGAGGAACAGCGGGCUGCUGGAGGACGAGGACAUGGAGUGCGUCACAAGUUUGUAGGAGUCUGCUCCGUGGGUUCAAUCAGCCAAUUGGCCCCUCUGACAUCAUCAGACACUGACACCGGUCAGUGCUAGGUCACAGCGCCGUGGCUGGCUCUGUCUGUCCCCGCCCUUAACACACUCACACACACAUACACGCACACCCUCCUCACACACACACACACACCGUCUGCCUCUCUGCCUGAUGUGAACUGCUCUGGACGAUGGCUGCCAGUGAACCUUGAACACCCGGUCACAACUUUGUUGGUUUCUAUGAGUUUGUAUGUGUGACAAUGUUUGUGAGUAAAGUGUACCACACUAUAUUCUAUAUUAUCUGACUGUAUGCUUGUAAGAGUGUGCGUGUGGUCAAAAGUUUUCUCUAUUUAUACGUGUAGAAGCGUCCUCACCACACAUGUUUGAGUGUGUCUCUAAAGUGCCUCACAGUUUUAUCACGUCCUCAAAGUGUGAUGAGCAGAAGAGUAGAGAAAAGACAGAGGAAAGGCAGGGAGGCGGCAACACAGACAGGAAGUCCUUUUAAGGAUUUCCAGCAGUCUACGACGUGUGUCUGAAGGUUUCAUUUUAACUAUGCCUACGUUGGUGUUGUGUUAUCCUUGUCUGUGGCAGCCAUGAAGCCUGGUAGGGGACAGCAGACCAGGUUGCAGGGGGUCAAGGGUUAAAGUUAAAGUCCUUCUUUUUUUUAACAGAUGAUAAAGAUGCGCUGUAUUGAGUCAGCCAGGGGCAAACACAGCCUCUUUUUGAAUUUCUCCCUCCUCUUCCAAAGCUAAGGAACCUUGGAGCACAGCCCUGCCAGCCUGGGAAUGGAUUAGUGACACCGCCACCCUCAACCAGGAGGGGGAAGGAUUUGAGGGACGGACCAACAGCCACAA